AUGGACGCUGUAGGAAGUAAUGCUUACUCUUCCUCCAAAGCGCACAAUCUCUUCCAGGUGUAUCUACGACUGCGACCUGCUCUCGCUGGCUCCUCGAGUCCAGAACGAUUCUUGGCCGUAGAGCCUCCAGCGACGGACGCUCCGUCGACCGCACCCACGCACAUCACGCUCAACCCUCCCAAUGACCGAAGACGCGCUAUUGAGAAGUUCUGCUUCACCCAAGUGUUCGAGGAGGAGGCCACGCAGCUCGAUGUGUUCCACUGCACCGGGGUCGUUCCGCUUGUCGAGGGAGUGCUGGCACCGCAUGGCGGAGACGGCACCGAUGCCUUGCUUGCCACGCUUGGUGUAACAGGUUCCGGAAAGCGAGGUUUGCUGCAACUGUCUCUCGACGUCAUAUUCCGUUCUCUUGGACACAACAUUGUCGAUCUUGCCAGCCAAUCCUCGCUCGAGGCUUCUAUCAGCGCUUCCGAUGCUUCAGAGGCUAGCAUCCUGACUGCCUCCGCAUAUCUCGACACUGUCUAUGCCGAUGCAUCUGGGCCCUCACGUUACAGCUCCAGAGCGCCAACACCAAUGAUUGUAGGCUCCUCUCAACCUUCCUCUUCAUCCAAUCCUCGUGAUUCUGUUAUCAAUUCAUCCCAAGAAGGCAAUGUAUCAGAACUGGACAUGCCCGGCAAGUUUCCGUCAAGUCCGCGCCUCAAGGAUAGACUCAGAAGUGUUCGAGUCGUCUGCCGCGAGGACUCAGUUGCCCCGGAGCUUCCCCAUACACCCAGCAAGGCUUCUCAUCAGAGCUCCUGGCAGCAAUUUGUAUCUUUCUCACCCACAUACCAACUGCCACAGUUGGCUAGAGGUUUUAUUUCACCAUUCAAGUCUCCAACAAAACAUUUCAUGACAGCGACCACAUCCGCACGUCAGCGAAGUACAAUUACUAAGAAGACCACAAUCAAGGGCGAGUCGCAUGCUCAAGCACCACCUCCGACGCCCCGACGGCUCUUGAACCGCCCCUCAGCGCUACCACAACAACCCGACGUGAGCAGCAUCAACGUUUCGUGUGACCCGAGCUCCGAGUACACCGUCCUUGUCUCCAUGUACGAGGUGUACAAUGAUCGUAUCUUCGACCUCCUCACUCCUCCCGUCAAGUCUGCGGCGACGAAGGAGUAUCGACGGCGCCCCUUGCUCUUCAAGAGCACAGAGUACUCACCAGACAGAAAGGUUGUCGCCGGACUCCGCAAGAUCAUCUGCAGCAAUCUCAGCCAGGCACUCAUGGUGCUUGAGGCAGGCCUCCACGAGCGCCGAGUCGCCGGCACGGGCAGCAAUAGCGUGAGCUCUCGUAGCCACGGCUUCUUCUGUGUCGAGGUCAAGAAGCGUGCCAAGGGCCGGCGCAAUGACCGCAGUCCUUGGACUGGUAACACUCUAACUAUUGUAGACCUAGCAGGCAGUGAACGAGCGAGGGAUGCGAAGACGGCGGGCGCUACGCUGGCCGAGGCUGGCAAGAUCAACGAGAGUCUGAUGUAUCUUGGCCAGUGCCUACAAAUGCAGAGUGACUCUGCUUCCACGAGCAAGCCCAGCGUUGUGCCCUUCCGGCAAUGCAAGCUUACUGAGUUGCUCUUCUCCAACUCCUUCCCCUCAAAUGCGUCUCACUCUGGUCAUCGCAAUCCACAAAAGGCAGUCAUGAUCGUCACGGCCGACCCACACGGCGAUUUCAAUGCUACCUCGCAGAUCCUCCGGUACAGCGCCCUGGCCCGCGAGAUCACAGUCCCACGCAUUCCCUCCAUCACGCAAACGAUUCUGCACAACAGUAGUGCCAAUCUGCCUCCCGUCGCCAACCAAGCACCAUCUUCCAGUCCCCUUUCUUCUCCUACCCUGGUCCACGCGCGUCCCUUCUUCCCUCCCGGAAGCACCGCCGGUUCAUACACCUCUUCGUCGCCUAACGUGCAGCGAACCUUCUCGCCCUGCUCCAAUGCCUCUUCCUCUGAUGACCGCGUCACCAUGGAGAUCGCCGCCUUGGAGAUCGCCCGCCUGUCAGAGGAGACGGACUACCUCCGAUCCUCGCUCGAGGCCGAGACGGAGAAGCGUCUCGAGGCGGAGGCGCACCUCAUGUCCAUGUCCGACCGGCUUAUGGAGCUGGAGCAAGAGAUCCGCGAGGACUGCGUCGCCGAGUUCGAGCAGCGCCUCGUGCUGGAGCUGGCCCGGUGGAAGACGAGCCUCGAGCUCGAGAAGGAGCGCGGGGAGGAGCACUGGGACCGCAAAGUCGAGGUCAUGGAGCGCCUGCAGGUGACGGUCUCACCCGCCGGCGACGAGAAUGCCCCACCGCCGGCGGGCGGCGCCGGCUGCGAGGACAGCGAGAACAAGGAGAACGUGCUGGUGGAGAACUUGGAGGAGGAGAACGAGCGGCUCAGGAGGGAGAUCAUGGUGCUCAAGCGGGAGCUCACGGGCCGCAGCCCGACCAAGAGGAAGCCGCUCAUGGAGAGGGACGACGUGGCCGCCGAGAAGAGCAGCCCGAGGCCGAGCCGCGGCGCAGGCAACGACCUCACCCGCAAGAUGGAGAGGCUGCGCGUUAGUGACGACGGUGGCCGUGGUAGUUCCGCCUCCACCCGGUCCACGGGCAGCUCGAGCCCCAAGAAGAUGCGCAAGUUGACGGCGAAGAAGUGGGACGUUGCUGCGGCGGAUGAUGAUUUGUUUUGA